AUGGAGGAUUUUCCGGAUAAGGAAAAAUACCCAUUUAGUGUGCCUCCAAAACACGAUGAAGGUAUUAUAGCUGUGGAUGUGUCUAGUAAUGUAAUUGUAGAUUCUGUUACUGCAAUGGAGCAAACUGCAAUUUCCUCCAAUUUGAUUGGAGUCACAGAAAGCACAUGUGAAGAGGAAGAAUCUACAAAAUUGACACUGGCCUAUGAACGAUUGUAUGAAAUACCAAGAACUAUUGUUGAAAAGUUUUGCAAUUAUAUUCAGUACUUAGAUAUAAGCCACAACAAGAUCACGAACUUAGAACCUUUGGUACACUUCAAGCAUCUCACAUCAUUAAUAGCUGAUGAUAAUCCAGUCACGGAAAACAGUUUUUUGCCACCAUUACCAAGGUUACAGUUGUUAUGGUUAAAUUAUUGCAAAAUAGGCUCUUUAUAUCCCUGGGUGGGAAAAUUAAAGGAGUCUUGUCCAAAUUUGCAGUAUCUCUCUUUAAUGGGAAACCCUGCUGCACCUAGUUAUUUCAAUGGUGGUACUUUCUAUGAAUACUUGCAGUAUAGGCUUUUUAUUAUAUCCCAAUUCCAAUACCUCAAUCACUUGGAUGACAGGAAAGUAACAGAGGACCAAAGAGAGGAAUCACAGAGGCUCUAUAAACGACCCUUCCUGCAGAGAAUAGCUCGGCCUAACAAUGGGCUGUCACAUUUGAUGAACAGUUCCGUAUCUUGGAGUAAUUUACAGAGCAAACUAACUUCACUAUGGGGAAAUAAGCAAGGUAGAAACUUGUUGAUAUAA